AUGAACAUUCAACGUCAUAUACCGUACACCUCUAUCGAUCUUUCUGCAACACCAACGACAGCUCUGCAUUCACACUAUGAAAGACGACAGUCACGUCGCCUUUCAAGCUCCGAGUUUUCAACAGAGGAAUGCAGUGGUGACCCUUGCGCACGCGAGACAAGCCAAGAGUUUACCAUGCGCGAUAAGGGCAAAGCUAUGCUUAUCGAUGGGAUCGGCCAAUCCUGGAAAAUCAAAGGCCGCAUCGAUCCUUUCGGGGGCCGAGCUAUUCUCCAAGAGAACGGUAAAAUCAUUGCUGUUGUAAUCAGCGAACGAUCAGGAGGACGAUUUGAAUACAAGCUCUUGGGAAUCACACCCCUCUACCCAACACAGAAACCUCAUCGAACGACAAUCAAGGCCCAGAAACUUUAUGAACACAUAGUUAUUCGAAAGAAAAGUUCCUUUUCCAAUAACUUUGUGAUCCAAGGUCUUUGUGACAGAAUGGAGUAUGUUGCGCAAAGUACCUCAAAGUUUGGUCCCCUUCAACUCAAGGUAUACGAGAAAGAAUCUGGUCGAUACUGCGGUGCAGUGCGACAAUACUUUGAGGACGGCGAUGUGUCGUCAAGCUCAUGGCAAGUUCGGGUGGAAAAAGGAAUCAACCCAAAAAUCAUGGUGUGCUUGACUGCAAUUGCGAACAAAUCCAUGGGGAGAGCUGUGAUGUUGUGGUGA